GCGCUAUGCAGUGCGUUUCCUGCGACCGGAGAAGUGCUACCACUUCGCAGUGGAGUGCCGCUACUCGGCGCUUCCCUCCCUUUUGGCUGCCUCGGCGACCCUUCGCCUCGGCGGCGAGGGAGGGACUUCGACGCUGCGCUCGCGCCUGCCCCUGCGAACGACUCCGCAGGACGCAGAGGCAGAGGCUGCUCGCUCCUGGGAGCUCUGGAGACGCCCAGAAAACUCAGGUGAAGCCUGGCAUGAGCCCUGA